GAAGCGCGGCAUGACUGCCCACAGUUCAUGGCGGUGGACGAAUUAGCUACAUUAAUGUGUGAGAAUAGGCUCAUCAUCAACAUGUGAUUUACACAGCGCAUAAUCACGCUCACGAAGGAGCAUGCUCUCAGCGCUUUAACAAGUAGGAGACAUAGACAGAAUACAAAGGACGGUAAGGAGAAACAACUAUGCAGAAGACAAACAUAGAAGACACACGCAGAGGAAUCUGGGAACUACCAAACAGUAGGGAUGGCGAGUGUCACAAAUCUGUAGAGGCUCGCCGAGCGGAGAACCUCGCAAGAGGCUAAGCGUUGGUCUUGGCAGACAGCAAUCCAUCUAUACACGUCCAUGCUUGGAUCGAGGCUUGACGAGGGCGUAGUGCACCUCGCUUUUUUCAGCAUGCGGUUAAGGCUUAUAUUGCACCACAAUCCUCUUGUCAGCUGCACGUUCGAGAAGGUCAUACUCAGACGCACGUUAGAGCGGGACUGCUCAGGGGUAAGUAUCCAGUGGUUAUUUCCACAUCGUUGCCCAAGUAACGACAGCCACCAACAGCAGGGGCGACAACAGCAGCAACAACGCCAAUGGGCUCUUUAUUCUCUACCGCAUCAUCGUCAUCGCCACAGAUAACCGUUGGAAGGAACACAAAGCUGAGAGAAGACUUUGACACUCUGUUCGCGGAGAUGGAGUUUCGCUGUAAAAGAGCAGCGAUCAUGAACUACCACGAGGCAGCACAGUAUGAGAAGUGGUCUGACAGGCUGCAAAUGAUAUCCACUGUGAUCGGAGCACUAGGGGUGUCCGGCAUUGGGGCCAGCGUGGUCCAGACGAGUAAAAUCGGAGCCAGCAAAGCCGGGGUGGCCGGCUUACUGGCCCUUCCUGUCUGUGGUUUCCUCCAAUUCUUGACCCACGGUUCCUCGUCCAUCGCACCCACCCUGGCCCAGAAAGCCGAGCUUCACGUGAAGGCCAGUGCAGGGUGGCAACGCAUCGGCCGCCUCACACACGCCUACCGCACACAGAUCAGGCACAUGCCACCCGGAAGUGACGCAGAUCCAAUUUUGAUACCUUCACUGUAUAGAGAGCUGGUGGAGGCAUGUGAAGAAGUCAGUAAAAUAACCACGGUACGGUCUGACACCUGCGACUACUUCAGCAAAGCUGACAACGUCUACACAGUACUCAACACGCGAAAAAGUACAAUGAAGAGGUUCGAAGAACUGGAGGCCGGUGCAGUAGAGCCGAGUGCCACACACCAGUAAAAGACCAGUUCCAUGUUUUGAAACUAGCGUCAUUUUGGGGAUAGGGAAUUAGUUAUAUGGGCACGUUAUCUUUAAGGGCAGGACAAUAGGAUGUAGUAAGUCACCAAAUGUUCUUUUGGCUGAAAAAAUGCAUAGCAAAGAAAAUGACGACCAUCUUUCCUAGAUUUUUUUUUUUUAAAUAUAAUACCACAAGUCUGUUUUUACCAUUAUUCAGAUAGGAGAGGUCGAGCCUUUCUUGUCUGCGUUUCAGAAAUCUCAUAUAGUUUCCUGAAUGUCGGAUACAAAUUUAACUAAAACUUAUUAAUGACUAGAUAAAAUGAAACACAUGCACUUCUCUCUGAACAAGUGUAGCUGUAGCACAAAUUAUGGCGUGAUGCACCUGAUGUGAUACUUGGGCUCUAGCAAGAGCUUGAUGCCUUAAAUAAUGUCAGCAGGUGCCUGUUUUGUGAUCUUGUUUCCACAUAUACUAUGUUAUACUAUGUUCUAAAGACUGAAAUCCAGCUAAAAUGUUUGAUACUGUAAAUUACAUUAUUGAUAUGUAUUAAUAUCUUCUAAAAAUGGGUAGAUGUUAUUUUUUAUGUUUACAGUCAAUAAAUUUUGCACAAGACCACAAAUACUUUAUUUUUGUGCAAACUUCAUGGAUGCUAGUUCGUUGUCAUUUAUGAAGGAGUAUUUUUAAAGCAAAAUGUUUAAAUUCUUUCGUAUCAGAUAUCUUGCAUGGUUUCCCUUCCCACAAACCCCACCACCUCCUCUCCAAUACAGUCUGGCAUACUGUUAGAUCAGAACAUUUUGUAGCACACACAUCAGAAUAAACAAUAUCAAAUUCAGCAGCUCAAUGUUGAAUGUCAAAAUAUUGUUCUUGAACAAUGUUCAGUUACAUAUGAAUUUGUCUUUCACGUUAACUACAAACUACCAUUCCCUGUCAGAAAAAUAAAGACAUUUAAUGACAAAGGCAAGACCACAUUUAAUGUGCAUGAAGAUUUGGCAAUACCAGCACAAGCCAGACUUUCUCUACAUCUGCACCGUGCUAGAACCCUCUAGGCUUUAAAGCAGAAAGAAGUUAUGUACCUGAACUGCUGUACUUAAAUAAUCUUUGUUAUCAAAAAAGCCCUGCAGGGUUUGUCAGCAUUUCCAUGCACAUCUGUCAAAUGAAGAGGUGACUAAAUGCCCAAAUUUAAAGAGAUUUUACCUUCUCUGAUCUUGAACUAGGUUUCAAGCAUGAUGAACAUAAACACACCCACACCAUAUUCACAGAAGCUCUAAUGAACAUCUGUUUUAUUAAGUAGUAUUAACAAAAAGAGAGCAUCUCCAAAAGUUCAACUUAAGUGAACUGUGUUAUAUUUUGAGCUGAAUUUACUCUCUCCAUCAUCUACCACUGCAAUAUAGUUUGGAUUUUAUCCUCUUUGUUCACACCUGAAAUAAUAAAUAAGUCAGGU